GGGCAUGACAAAGUGGCCGGCUAGUGGUGGUGUUUUGUUUUUUUCCAAGCUCAGUGAGACUGCAGACGAGACGCUAGUUCAUCACUUUAUCGAACUCGCUUCACACACACGUGGACGGCGCUAACUUAUUUAACACAACUAAGAACAACAGUCCGAAUAAUUUGAUGACAAAGGGGACUGAUAGAAGAUGUGUGCUGCUGUGUAUGUCCUGUCAACGGUAACGGGCUACGUGCUCACCUCUGCCCUGCUGCUAAAAUGCCCAAAUCUGUUACAUCGAAAGAAGCGAGAGACUUUCGUCAGCAAGCACAUUUCUCACCGUGGAGGGGCAGGUGAAAAUCUGGAAAACACCAUGAUGGCUUUCAAGCACGCUGUGGAUGUCGGCACAGAUAUGCUGGAGCUGGACUGCCACCUGACAAAAGAUGAACAGGUAGUGGUUUCACAUGAUGGCGACUUGCAGAGGACCUGCGGCAUCGACACCAACAUCUCCGAUGUGACCUACGCUGAACUCCCUCCAUACCUCUGCAGGCUGGGUGUAACCUUUCAGCGAGAGUGCUUCUGCGAAGGAGGAGAGGACAAACGCAUCCCUCUCCUCAGGGACGUGUUUGACGCAUUUCCCAACACUCCUGUUAACAUUGACAUCAAGGUUAACAAUGACACGCUCAUCAAGAAGGUCUCCGAGCUGGUCGUGAAGUAUGACCGAGCGCAUCUGACUGUCUGGGGCAACGCCAGCAACCAGAUUGUGAGAAAGUGUUACAAAGAGAACCCUCAUAUUCCAGUGUUGUUCAGCUUGCCCAGAGUGUUGCAGCUGUUAGGCCUCUUCUACACCGGCCUCCUGCCCUUCGUUCCAAUCAAGGAGCAGUUCCUGGAGAUCCCCAUGCCCUCCAUUAUCACCAAACUGCAGGAUCCCAGCAGGUUAACUAGAGGUCAGCGAUUUAUCGCCUGGCUGGCAGACACUUUGCUGAUGAGGAAAGCUCUUUUUGACCAUUUAACAGCUCGGGGAAUUCAGGUGUACAUUUGGGUGCUGAAUGACGAGGAUGACUUUCAGAGGGCGUUUGAUUUGGGAGCCACGGGAGUUAUGACAGAUUUUCCCACCAAGCUUAAAGACUUCAUGGACAGGAACAGCCUUUCCAAAGCGGAGUGACCUGCCAAAAUCUACCUCACCCCACCUCUCACCAGUGAUUAUCCUUCAGGGCCACUGACCUGCCAGACCAACCCCCAACAUGCACCCGCUUUUACUGCAGCCAUUCCAGCACAGCUACUCUCACACUGUGUUUUACAGUCUGUAGGAACUCCAACAUGCUCUGUAUCCAGCACAAGUAUUAGGAACCGCGUGUUGUACAUGUGGUGGUAGCACAUACUCCUGUUUUUCAUUACUCAUACUAAACAGUGUGAUCAUAUUAGAGCUUGACUGAUAUUGGGCCCCGUCACAGAGACAGUAUAUCGCCUCAGGCUUACAGAUUUUCUUAUAUGACCCAAAAUGAAGACGUAUUUGGGUAAUUUGGUUUACAAUCCUCUCAGCAAUGACUGCAGCAGAUGGCGGUGCAGUCAUGUGAUGUCUUCACAGUAAGUUGGUAAGUUACGACUGAAGUAUAUUUUGAAAAAGUUAAUAAGAAUUGUUGCCAUUAUAACACAAAUAUACUGCAUGCAUUUACAAUAUUUUAGAUGCAUAAAUGAUGAAAUCUGAAUGUUUUCUUUUAGUCACAAAAAAAUCCUGGCUCAUUAUUAUUAUUAGUAUUAUUAGAAUUAUCCAUGGUGCGUUCACUUGCACAAACAUACCCAUAUAACAGUAUGAUAUUUCUGCUAGGAGCACACACUUAAUUGAAACCACUGAAUCUUUUUUUUACAAAGAGCUAAAAAUGCCACUGAAAUAUUGUGCUUUUAAGUUUUAUCAGUCUCAGAUGCCAUAAUAGAUUCAUGGUCCUUGACUUGACACUUUCUGUAAGGGUUUACUUGCGCAAACUCAAUCCUUUUUGAUGCUUUCAAGUUACAGUUUGCAGUAUUACUGCAUCAUGCUAGGGGUAAUGUGCAAGCACCAGCAGAUGCAGCUCGAUGAUGUCAUGUUAUUUUCGACUUGUUUCAUAUAUAUAUAUAUAUAUAUAUAUAUUUGCCACGUCUAAGCAGUGGUGAAACCUUUUUUCCCAAAAUGCAGUCAAACAAAACAAAAUUUCUCCACUACAUUAAAUAUUAUUUGAUGCACCAGGUGAGGAACAGUUAACCGGACAUUCAGACGGAUUAAUUUCAGCUGUGCGCCGCACUGUAAAAACCACUGUCCUGUAUGCUGUGUCUCAUGUUUCUGUUAUUGUUUAGUGUCUAGAUUUUUUUUCUCAUUAUUUUGUUUCCUUUUGAUCAGAUAAAAUAAUAGAGGCAUACAUUGCCUGUUUUAUGAAGAAUUUUGCACAAAAUAUGAAACCUUAUCUGGUUUCUUUUACCUGUGUUAGUGUGAUUGCAAUCAGCAUUGAACUUUAUAUGACAUAUGUGUAUAUUUAAAAUAUUUUACAGCCUAGUAUAGGCAGUGAUGCAGACUGAUUGCUUUACUGCACUCAUUUAAAAUUCAAAUGUGUUAAUGAAAGUAGUUUACACAUAGUUCCUUGCUUUAAUAUACAAAUAUAUGAAAUGUUAUGAUGCUCGGUGGCGGUCUCUAAUCGCAUGAAUGUGGUUUUGGCUGAAUGUACUGUAUGUUGUUUGGGAUUUUUGCAGUCAAAACAAUGUUAGGUUUGUUGUGGGGCAUUUUAAAUCACUUAUGUGUGAUGUUUUACAGUUUUUACAAAUGUUCUUGAAGAUUUCUUUUAGAGACUUGAUCCAACAAUCACAUUACAAGUACUGGGAUUUUUCUGAUUAUACUACUCGUGCUGUCCUGAGUGUACUUUUAUUUUGCAUGUUUAAAGCUGUUGUGUGUGUUGAACUGAACUUUUUUGGGCUCAUCUUUAGAUUUGAUUUGCCGAGAGACAGAUUAUUUAAAGAGCAAUUUUUUUGUAUCUGUAUCAAUAAACACUGUAUGUACAUCAUUAUA